AUGGACAAAUCGUCGUCAUCUACAUCUACAACUACUGCCAUUCCAAACUCUUUUGAUCACUUUAGUGACAAAUCAACCUCAACCUCAACCUCACCUUUAUUAUAUCUUAAUGAUUCGUAUCCUUCAUAUAAACAACAAAUACUUAAUCCAACUUAUUCUAAUCAUUCUGCCUCUCGUUUCAUAUUAGAUAAGGAAGAUGAAG